CGGCCUCCUCCGCGACCAACGACAAGUCGCCGUCUUCGCAAAGUAGUCAUGCGAUUGCGAUCGCCACGAGGAAGGCGCCGGUGGCAGGAAAUUGCUCAGCAAAUGAUUCGGCUUCGGCGGGGAAUGAGCUCGCGCAAGUUUGCCCAGCAGCAGGUCGCCCUGUGACUCGGAGGAUGCUGGCGGGCCUCGUUGGCGCGGUCGUGCUGCCAAGCUUGGUGCAACACGUUUUCAAAUCGCCAUUUACAAACAAUUCUGCGGCUUAUGCUGCAGAGAUCUUCCAGCUGGCCUCCUUUGAGAGAAGCCAAGUGCGGCGAGAGCGGGGCGCUCUCCGUGCCGCUGCUGACCUUCGUACGGACUUGAGCAGAGAAACACCUGCAACGGCUCCAGAAGAAGGAGGAGAUGGAGGAGAAGAAGGAGACGGAGAAGAAGGAGGAGGAGGAGAAGGAGGAGAAGGAGGAGAAGGAGGAGGUGCAGCAGUCGCCGAAACGCAAACGCCGGCGCCAACUGCUUCUCCUAUCUCGGAAACAGAGGACAUGAAUACCAUCACACCUGUACAAUCGGAGGGGACGUCAGGAGUUGUUGUGGAGAACAUAAAUGCAGCCAAAGACAAAUCAGAAGCAGCAGCAGCAGCAGGAGAAGGGGAAAAGGCACGGGGCGAGGAAGGAGGAGGAGCUGUGCAGGCAAUUUUAUCUCCUUCGCCGAACAGCGAGAAGGUAAAGGGAGAUGAGGAGUCAUCGGGCAUCAAGAGCUCCCUUCUCUUGACCGCUCUGGGAGCUACGACCGCAGCCGCUCUCGGAGCAGCAUGGUUCACCCCCCGAUUACCGAAGUCGGGGUCUGAUGUGGAGGGGUUGUCCAACCAAGAAAUGGCGGGAAACGCUGCCGUGGAGGACACGAGCGCGAAGACGCCGGCCAUUCAGAAUCAGUCCAACGAGGAGGCGACUUGAAGACCUGCACCUAUCGAGGAUCAACUUCUCAAGUUGCUUUUUCUCUCUGUGUGGAGGAAGGAAGAGAUUGCCAGGAUGGCUGACAGCCAAAUCGCUGCCUUUGCUCCGAUCAGCAUUGCGCUGAGGUCUGCAAACUGCAGGUUUGAAACUCAGCAAGGACUCUGGGAGAAUGAGCAGCCAGCAUCUUAACCUUGCAACCAUUGUUGACCUCUGCAGCGGCCACCGUGACUGAGCGGAAACUUGGUUGAGAAAGAACUGGCAGAGACGUAUCAGCCAAGGAGAUGAAGCUUCAUGAAGGUGCCGAAGUUGCAGAGAAAACUCGAUGAAGGAGAGCCCAGGGAGCCAGGUAGACAUAGAUUCUAUCAUUCUGAAGUUGAAUCAUCUGGCUGGAUCGAGAUUUGCAUUCCGAGA